CUCUCGCUCGACUUUACCCAUAACGAGAGAUCCAGCUAUAACGCGACUGAGAGAGCGACGAGCCCGCGAGCCGCGCGCGCGCUUUUUUUUUGCACGCCGCCAGCCGAACCCCAGCCAGUCCUGGACUUGAUUAUUGGGGCUGUGUAACAACAACACAAUCAUCUCAAGAGCAAGAGCAACCCCAAUAAUUGGAAAAUGUCCGGAUUCGCGACGGCGGGUCUCGCGGCCUUCGAUUCUCUCAAGAGCAGAGCGUCUGAGAAGCUUUCUGGAAUAAAGAGAAGAGGACAAGCCGGCCAUGACGGCUACGAGGAAUUUGAAAUAUCGAGCGAGCACGUGAAAGACAACAGAGGUUUCGAAGAUGAAAGAGGAUUUGGUAAGCAGCAUUCGCUUGAUUCCCUACCGGAACCGGAGAGACCACCGUUACGACACAUUGAUACUUACUGCAAACCUGAAUGCCCGUGCUUGUCCAAGAGAUACACCAUCGCCGUGCUCGCCUGUCUUGGUUUCGUAAUCUCGUUCGGUAUGAGAUGUAAUAUGGGCAUGGCCAAGCUGAAACCGAACAACGAAACAAAUUUGACCGAGUCGAUGCUGGAGGCAGCCCGUGUGUUCAACUGGUCGGUGGCAACGCAAAGUGCCGUCGACUCGUCAUUCUUUUGGGGCUACCUAAUCACUCAGGUGCCGGGUGGCUUUUUCGCCUCUCUUUAUCCGGCCAACAAGAUAUUUGGCGGUGCGAUUGUCAUCUCCUCAUUCCUGAAUCUUCUCGUGCCGGGAGCUAUCAGCGCCAGUCCCGUCGUCUACAUGUUGGUCCAAGUUUGCAAGGGUUUAGUCGAGGGUGUCACGUAUCCGGCCUGCCACGGUAUUUGGAAAUUUUGGGCACCGCCACUCGAAAGAUCACGUCUUGCCACUCUUGCAUUCUGCGGCUCGUAUGCCGCUGUGGUCAUUGGGAUGCCGUUGUCCGGCGUGUUGACAAGUCUCUUCGGUUGGACGGCUUCGUUUUACUUUUACGGCGUUUGCGGUAUCGUUUGGUAUUGUUUCUGGCUGUGGUUGGCAUUCGAGAAACCCUCGAAGCAUCCAUGCAUCUCGGCGAGAGAGUUACGCUACAUCGAGGACUCGCUAGGGCAAUCGCAAAUGAAUCAGCCGAUGCCGACUUUCGCGACAACGCCAUGGCGCAAGUUUCUCACUUCGAUGCCGGUGCACGCUAUCAUCGUAGCAAACUUCUGUCGGUCCUGGAACUUCUAUCUGCUGGUGCUCUUUCAGGCUCGCUUCAUGCACGAAGCUUUCAGGAUGACGGUGGUCGAGACGGGUUUUCUGGGCGCCUUGCCUCACUUGCUAAUGACGUGCAUUGUCCCGUGCGGAGGUCUGCUGGCUGAUUACCUGCGCAAAACUGGCAUAAUGACCACGACGACUGUGCGCAAAGUCUUCAAUUGCGGAGGCUUUGGGAUGGAAGCACUUUUCUUUUUGGUGGUGGCGCGUUGUGCUCAUACGCAGAACAGUGGCGGAGCGACCGUCGCACUAACUAUCGGUGUAGCUUGCAGUGGCUUUGCUAUUUCCGGCUACAACGUUAAUCAUCUGGACAUAGCGCCACGAUAUGCCAGUAUCCUCAUGGGAAUGUCCAACGGCAUCGGCACUAUCGCCGGCCUCAUCGUACCGAUUUUUGUUGACAACAUCACCAAAAAUAAGGACGCCAAUAGCUGGAGAAACGUUUUCAUCAUGGCAGCUUGUGUGCACUUCGUCGGUGUCACUUUCUACGGAAUAUUCUGUUCCGGCGAGCUCCAGCCGUGGGCUGAUCCAGCUGCUGAUGAGAAGAAGACCUGGAAUCCUUUGGAUGAUUUGGGACAGACUAGACCACCGGUACCACCACCACCUCAGGUCGCGCAGACCCAGUUCAUUAGACAACCAUCUGGAGAGAGCUGGAAAUACGAAGCACAACCGCAGCCUAUGUAUCAGCAACCAGCACCACCGUACCAGGAACCGCCAUACCAGCAGACUCCAGCACCGUAUCAACAACCGCCAGGCUAUCAACAAUCAACCUACCAGUAUCAAGCGCCAACGAACGAGUACCAGCAGCAGCAAGAACCUAUAGGUGGUGGUCAGGCGGUAAGUUACGGAGCAACUCAAAAUACCGGCAGCAAUCCAUUCGCAUCGACAAAUCCAUUCGCUACGGGUGCGGUAAGUGCGAGUUACGUGCAGCCACCGGCAAAAGAUGACUAUGGCCACGAUGUUAUACAGAAUUCACAGCAACAGUGGCAGUAAAGCUAAAUGCACUUCUGCUUUAGUUUGGUAAUCUGGACCAAGCCUUUCGAUUUUUUUAUUUUUAUUCACUUGAUUGAGUUUUCUUCUUGUCGACUGCAUUAGUAUCCUGGAAUCCAAUGGGUUUUGCGGGAACUCGUAGUAAUAUUUUUUUUGCGCGAUAUCACGCUUUAACAUAUCAGCAGAUCGUCGUAUUUUUUGACGAUCACCUAUAAAAUACUAACAAGCUACUUGAAUUUUAAUUGAAAUUUGAUUUGACCGCUCGUGUUCUUUUUUAACAAAUUAUUUAAUAUCGAAUGUUCUUGCAAUUUACGAUAUCAUUGCAAUUGAUUUCAUUAAAAAAGCUGAUUUUUUGUAAAAUACAUAGUCUGUUGAUUACAAUAUUAAAACUAAAUGAGGCGUUGGAUGAGUGGUUCUAACAUAUCGAUUGACCCUAGAGGACGAAAAUUAUAAAAGUAUGUUAGUAGAGAUCUAUUUUUAUCAAUUACAAGAGAAAUUUUAUUCAUACUUCAUCUUUGUCCAGAUUACUAACUAGCAAAAGAAUUUCUCAUCGGUGUUGAUGUAUCGAUGAACAUAAAAUCCUCACGCCAAUCGUAAAAAUUAGUGAGUUGCCUACACGAAACUUGGCGAUUACAAAUUGACGUAUUUUUUUUAAUGUGAUACCUAUGAGGGCAGAUAGCAGGGCUACUAUGACAAUGCAAAUAACCGAUUCUUAUAAGUUCAAGUUUAAUAUUUGCAAAGUAUUUGUGCAAAUUCGACGUAGAAUACAAUGACAAUACUAUACGACGAAAGUAUGAAACAAAUGAAAGUAUAAAAAGUAACUUUGGUUGGCUGUAAGUGAUAAUAUGCCGUUACAGCAACAAGUAUUAUUUUAAAGUACAAGAGUAAAAUGAAAGUGUAUUUCUUAUCACUUAAAAACAAUAUUAGAACAGCAGAAACUUGAACCAGUUAGAUUGAAUAAUAAAUCAAACUAAAUUCCACAUUUAAUAUACGAUUUAUAAAUAUUUUUACACACAGUUCAAAAUAAAACAUACAAUAACAACAAAAUCGUCGAAUUUUAUAAACAAAAUUUAAAAAUACGCGUAAAAAUUGCACUUUUUAAAAUUGCACAAUGCGACAAUAAGAAGAAUUCAGAAAAAUGACAAUAAUUCAGAAGGAAAUUCGAUAAAUCAAAAGAUAUAAUUAAAAACAAUAAAUAUACAUAGAACUAAAUAGUAUAAUAACGGGAAAUGAUAUUUUGACAUGAUAUAGAUUUUACCUUAAUCGUGUGUAUGUAUGGACAAUAACUUGCACUUAUUAAUCAUUUGCACAAUGAAGAUGGAUUUAUUAUGCGUCACAUUAAACAAUUGAAUGCAAAGUUGACCUAAUCCAAUAAAAUACAACAACACUAUAACGAACAAUAAAAAAUGAAUGAAACAGACUAUAAAUACAUUGAAAAACAGCGCCGUUAGCUGCAACUUUUAGGUACUCAAAUGCAGUACAGGAUAACAGAAACAAAGAGAAAAGUAUGAAAAUGUAGCAAUAAGACCACAGAAAGCAAAAUGAAAAUCAAAUGGAAAAAGAAAUUAAUGAAGAUUUUCCCAAGCUAUUAAGUUUUAAUGGAAGUUCACAAAAAGUCAAAUCAUAUGUAUUGUAUGACAUAGACUAUAAACGUCAUUUUACGUUUUAAUGACGACUUUAAAGUAUUGUUAUCAAAUAAGAAAAGAAUGUUUAAAAGACGUAUCGAUAUACGUAAAUUAUCCCACUGGACGAUCUUGGUGUUACACGGGAACCCUAUCAUGAAACUUGAAUGAAAAUGUUCUUUCAAAGCGAACGUCUGGUACGUGGAAUUGAAAUAAAAAUUGAAAGUACGAAAUACGUACUAUAUGAUACCGAUGAAAAUAUUUACGACUAGUAAUAAAAAUGCUGUUGGCAUUUUUGUAGACAUUUUUUAAGCGCAUUUUUGGCAAGUAUUUUCUUGACAGGGAUUCACCGGGGAUUGAGAAGAUUUAAAUUAAGUUAUUCAAAUAAGAUAUUUAAAAGGAAAAAAAAAACAUGAGACAUAAAUAAAAAUGAAAGUAUUUUAAAGAAAGUAACUCCGUCACUUUAUAAUAGAAGUGGCGAUGUUGAAAAAUUAUGAUGAAAGUAAACGGAUGAAAGUAUAAUAUCCACGUGAAAGUUAAUAGAUCAUAGUCGAAGUGACGAAAAUAAUUCGAACAACCCUGCGUAGAUUCUGUUGUUUGAAUGGAUAUCUAAGGAGGUUAGAUCGAUUAUAUAAAAAAUUGUAAUAUUUACGAAAUUAGUCAAUUUACGCGAGACCUUUUUAAAGAAUACGUGAGAGAAGAUCGAAUAUUUAUUACUGAAUUGAUUAUAUAUACAUAUACUCUAUAAACAAAAGUAAAGAAUUCAUUGAUUGAAUAAAUAAAGUUACAUAUGGGCGAUUCUAGUUCUACUAUAUUGAUGGAGUAGCUGAAGAUGAAUCAGGUUUGGCUUUUAGACCAAUCCGUUAUUGUGUUGUGCUAAAAUCAAUGUCAAUGCUCGCAAUACCUUAUAUUUAUACAUAAAAGAAACGCGCGUCUCGUCAUCUUACUUACAAUAUAUUCAGUGGUGUAGUCUCUCCAAUCUUAUUCAAAUAUGUUUUUUCUUACAAUUCAUUCUUAUUAAGAGAUUUAUCAAGUAUUACUUGAGAGAAAAGGGUAUAAUGAAUAACAAUAAACAUGCGGUAUAGCGGUGAAAAGUCUUUUAUAUAAUACUUGUAUUUACUCAGAUUUGCAUAUUUUAAUCGAAGAAAAUUUGAAAAUAAUAUAGAAGGAAGAUGAAUUCAAUUACGUAAAAAGAAGGUUUUGAUAUUUUUUCUUUUACGCGACAAAUUUUGCGGAAUCGACAAUAAUUUCUUUACUUAUUGCAGAUCUACUAUUUCUACAAUGUCCUUGAUAGCUUGAGAGCGAUAUAUUUAUUGUAAAUACGAAUGAUGGUAUACAUAUAUAAUGAUCCGGAAAUAGGGAAUGUGUUCUUAGAAUACUUGUAGAGGUAUUUGCUUCACCAUAAGAGCUAAAUCAUUUUUGCUUGGUGCAUAUAUUUAUCCAAAGUUCCUUGACCGCUAUGUAAGUACAUAUAAUUUAUUUUCAUCCUGCAUUAGUAAAAAGCCACAUUCAGUUAUUAACAAAGAGCAUUUAAGGGAUAGCAUUUUAAGUUUAUAAGCGAGAGAUAGGUGUAAAAACAAUGAUGAAAAAAAUCAGUCACUAUAGAAAAAGGAAUGUUUCCAAAAUAAAAUCAAAUUCAUUGAAAUAUUAAUUUCAUAAGUUUCGAUCGUUUUACAAAACUAAUCAUUUUUUAACUAAAAUGGUUCUUCUUUAGAUCCCUUAAAUGUUUGUUAUAAAAGUAUGCACUUACCCAUGCAUUAAAGUAGUGACUGGCCUAAUAAUAAGUAUAAAGUUGCGAUGCGUGAUAUAGAAGAAAGGAUAAAUAAUAGAAGCUUUCAAUUUGAACCAUUAUAUUUUAACGUCACUUUCUUUAGACAUUUUUCGAUUACUCGAUAUUACGAUAUUGAAUUUUACAUCUACUCAUUUAACCCGUUCAAUCGACUUAUGGACAAUAACAAUAAAAUCACAAUUCAAGGUAUUCAAGAAGCGAAACAUUCGAAAAUAAAAUACUCGAAUAGAUAAAUUUUUGAAAAGUGUCUUUACGUAAGUGAUUUUCCUAAUAAUUAAUUGCUAUAGCAAACUAAAAAUAAGAAAUACCUAGGCUAAUAUCUAAUGCUGUUCGAACAAUAAUUCUGAGAUAUUUCUAUAUUAAACUAUAAAAAUAUACAUACAAAAAUACUUAUAAUAUAAACAUGAAUAAUAAUUUAUGACAAUAAAUGAAUAAAACAAUUAUCGGGCGCUGUGAAACGUUAUAUAUAUACAUAUUUGUCAGCAUACGUUUUUGAGUUUUUUUUCAACUUUCGAUGACAAAGCAUAAAAAACUCGAGUUUGUAGGAGCCAACAAUAGUUGCGUGCUUAUAAUGAACCGCGUGUGCCCUGAUUUUUGUUCCUUUGGAUUGUAAAAGUAUUUAAAUACUGUAGUUUGGAUCUCUAAUAUUGAUAAAUAUUAACAUAUUUCAAUCAGUUGUUUUGCCUAUUAGUAUGAUACAAAUAUUUUAAUUAAUACAUUUUCACAUUUUGGAUGUAUUAAAAAAUAUGAUUCAAACCACCGUUUGUACUAUCAAGUAACGUCAUCUAUAUAUAGUCUUAUUAGCAAAAUGGAAGAUAAAACAAAAUUAUUAUGAUAUUCCCAGUGAAAUGACUAAUAAUAGAAUAUAAUCGUUUUAUUAUUUUAUCAUUAGCAAAGUGGGCGAAGUGAAAGUAUUUUUCAAUUAUUUUACGGAAAAUGGAAUAAUGUAUUUAGUUUUGGUAUUAUUCUAUUGAAGUGGCAAAUUUUGCAGGUAAAAACGGUUGCUUUAAUCAUACUAUUUAUCUUACGAAAGUGCAAGUACAAUAAUAUAUAGACACGAGAGAAUAUAAUUUAUUAUAUGUAUUCUAAUUAUUUAUAUGAUUUGUACAGAGCUGAUACUAAUUAUACUUUGUAUAUAAACAUAUUGCAUUAUAUAAAAAAUAUGAUACGGACAUUAAAAACACAAGUGUGCUUAAUAAAUCAACUCAAAGGCAAGCUGAAUUUAUUUAUUUGAGUAAUACUACAAGCAAAUAAUAAAUUUUUAUUUCGAUAUCUUAAUUGUACAUCAGAUGAUUAUUUAUCAAAGAAUUACAGAAAUUCAAUUUAAGAAUGAUAAUAAAAUAAUAAGUACAUCUACAAUAGAUGAUUAUUUGUAAAUGCGCAUACGAUAUUGAGUGUGGUAAAUACAUUACGAUUAUAUGAAAAUAUUUUUUGUAGUUUUUAAAUAUUGCUCGUUUUUGUUUGGAAUGUAAUUUAAUAAUAUUGUAUAUUGCGAGUCUUUGAGUAAUCAGCAUAUGAAAAUAAAAAUAGGUUGAGUAACAUAUAAUUUAUAAUAUUUGUUGUAUGUACAUUAUAUUAUUACAUGUAUAUAUGUUAUGUUAAGUGUUAUGACAAAUAUUUUUAGAUGUUGAAUCUUACACAUUUUUCCAGUGUGAUAUAACAUUGAAAUGAAUUUAUAACGUUUGAUGCCAGCGAAUGUAAAAGUUCUAUAUUUAAUAAAAUGUAUCGAUGAAUUUAUCGACAAUAAUGAAAGUAAAAACAAUCGAAAGCUUAAUAUAGUAAAAAAAAUAUAAAUGUUCAACAAACUAAUUAUUUCAUGUAUAUUCUUAAUUGAUUUCGCACUUAUAGUUCGUAUUUUUAUUUCAAUGCAGUAACAUACAGUAAAUAAAUACAAUUUCAAAAUUUUAUUACAAUAACGUUCCAUGUUAUCUAAAUCAAAUUAGUGGAUUAUCAUUAAAAAUAAUCACUUGAUUAAUAUUAGUUCAAUGAAAAGUUCGUAAAUUAAAAUCUUGUUCGCUCAAAAAAUAUACAAUUUUGAAUGCAGUAAAUGAUCAUUAUAUAUGUACAUACAUUCACACUAGCAUACACAUACACAUAUAUACAUAUAUAUAAACAGGACAUUGUUGUAUUUAUCAUCAUUAUUGUCUACUCAUUGACAAUUAAUGAUGCGAGUUUUAGUUGAACACUCUUGUAAUUAAAGAUCAAAAUAAUAUGAUUAUCACUGUAUUAUUAACGGAAGCCGUAAAUUCGUGUAUUUAUAUUUUGACCUUUUUAAAACUGAAUUUCAAUUUGUGUUGAAUGUGUGUGUGUAAUCUUAACUCCAUAAAACAUAGUUCACUGAAAUUAAGAUAAAAACCUUAAUGACGAGAAAAUCGAAUGUCGAUUUUGAUCUUUCUUCUUAAUAGAUAAUAUAAUCAUAAUGAUCCUUAAGAAUAUUCAAUCGAUGAACUGUAAAAAUAAUAAAUGGAAUGUGGCCUCGUUGGCGUUGGAAAGACGGGAAAAGUAGGAGAAUGUCAAAUACUUGAUUUGAAGUUGUUCUGAAACUGAUGCUUGUCUCAUAAUCAUUAAGUCAAGCGAAAAUGUAUUACUGAAGUAGUAGAGGACAGAAGCUUUAAAAAAUAAAAUAAAAAAAUGAUUAUCAAGUUACACUGUUACUCACUGGUAAUGUCUGGUUUGUUAAAAAUUAUUAUAUCACGGAUCAUGUAAAAUAUGUAUGUAUAUUAUGAACUUGAGUGUAUUAUGUUAUAGUGAACAAAAUAACAAUGGCUAUUGACAAUAAAGUGUCAGCGACU